UGCAGCUGGGUACAGUUCGUCGGAGCUCGACGUACAACUCCUUGAUGCGAUUCGCGGUUCGUUAGAUAACGAUGGAACAUGACGGCGUCACGUCUCCCACCUAUAAAUACCGCAAUACAACAGGUUUUGAAGACUACGAUUAACUCAUGAGAUCACACGUCCUUUUGUUGAUUAUAUCGUUUGUGUUUGGAGGUAAAAGAGAAAACAUCAACAUAAAAAAGACAGGAAGUAACUAGUAAAAAAGAAGGGUAAGACGAUGCUGACGUGUAUAACUUGCUCAAAGCAGACAACGGAAGAUGGCGGAGAGGAAGCCUCACGUGGGACUCCCAGCACCAAAGACGCCGUCAAAAGCCUAACUGCGCAGAUUAAGGACAUGACAUUCAAGGUGUCUCGUAAAGGGAAGCCCGGUGAGGCAGAAGGGAGUUACAAGAAAGGCCAGAGAUCAUAUCCCGAUUUUGAUACAAUUUCAGAUGCAUAUCCACUGCCACCAGGGAGCACAAGCUCCACUCCGGCUUGGGAUUUCCCGUCCCAAGUGGUGCUGGAAGAUGAAGAAGGGCCGAAACAAUGGACUGCUCAAGUUGAGCCCGGAGUUCAGAUCACCUUUGUCUCUCUCCCUCACGGAGGGAAUGACCUUAAACGAAUUCGUUUCAGCCGGGAGAUGUUCAACAAGUGGCAAGCACAGAGAUGGUGGAGUGAGAAUUAUGAUAGGGUAGUAGAGCUAUACAAUGUGCAGAGAUUCAAUCAGCAGGAUAUAAACACUCCCAGGAGAUCCGAGGAUGGAAGAGAGGAAGCAUCGAGGAUAACGGCCUCCUCCUCCUCCAGAGACAUGUCUGUAAGCGACAUUGAAUCGGAAUGGAUAGAGGAAGACGAGCCUGGUGUUGAGAUCACCAUCAGGCAGCUUGGGGAUGGCACUAGAGAGCUUCGUCGUGUCAGAUUCAGCUGUGACAAAUUUGGAGAGGUGCAUGCCAAGCAUUGGUGGGAAACCAACAGGGAUAGGAUACAAAGACAGUAUCUUUCUUGAUGCAUUUCUGGAUUUAUUUUCACCAAAAUGUUCGAGGCACAUGCGAAUGAUAGAGGUAGAAGCACAAACGACUUCGCCAUAGGUGGAGGUACAGACGCCUUUGCAAGUGACGUACAAGAGCUUACAGUCAUAUUUGCUAACUGAUAAGAGUGGGUGAGGUGUGUCCUCAUCUUGCUAGAGGUAUGUUCUCGGGUGUCUUGUGAAGUCUGUCCUUCAAGAGUGUGUCUUGGGGUGUGUCCUCAAGUAUUGUAGUGUGGUUUGUGUUGGUGUUGUGCACGUGUUUUUGGUGUUUCGAAAACCAUUGUUGAGUACAAUAAAAUUUC